CACCACGCCACUCGAUUCGACGCGCAGUGCCAAUGAAUGAUAGACGCCUGUGCCUGCACCGUGGCUCUCUUGGCUCAUCCUGGCCGUCGCUCGCAGCCAGCUAACGUGGCUGGACGCCAGCACGCCAGUAUUGGGCGGAAGAUCGCGAAUCUGGUCCGAUCACCAUCCGGAUAGGAUGAACCGACUCGAGGUCAUCGCCCAGCACGUGAUGCCUGCGACCGCGCCCGUAACCUCGCACGUCUUGGACACGUCCCGCGGGCGCCCCGCUGCCGACAUGCGCGUCGCGCUCGAGCGCGAGACGGCGCCGGGCGUCUGGGCACAGAUCGGCGCUGGCGUCACCAACGCCGACGGACGCGUGCCUGGCCUCACGACGCCCGGCCAGGACGUCGUUGGCACCUGCCGCAUUACGUUCUACACGCAGGCAUACUUUGAGCAAACCAACGUCGCCGAGUUCUUCUACCCCAGCGUGACCAUUGUCUUCCGCGUCACCGAGAUCGGCGGCCACUACCACGUCCCGCUGCUCAUCAACCCGUUCGGGUACUCGACGUACCGCGGCAGCUAACUUCAUGAAUCCACUCCAUCGUCAUGCGUACAGUGGUCGUGACUUGAUCUUUCCCGCCCCUUCCGACC